AUGAGCCAGGAAGAUUCAUUGCGGGAAAAGUGCCCUGGUGGAAGGCCUGAUGCCCCGGGCAAGGCUGGCUCAAGCUUGGAAGAUGAGCCAGCACCCAAGUCGGCUGUCCAUCGCGGUGCGCCGCCUGAAAAACCUGAAGCUAUUCGAAGGAGAUCGCUUAUCGUGCUCACCUUUUGGCUGAUCAUUUUACUUCUCGGACUGCCAAUGUGGUGGAAAACGACAUCCAUCUAUAGAGCUAAACUCCCGCUCAAUGAGAUGGAGAAUUGGGCAGUAGGGAAGUCUUGUAGGCCUGUUUUCCCCCUGCAUAUACAUGUUCAUACGCCUGGAUUAAAUAUUCCUGAAGCGGAGGCCUUGGUUCAAGCGGCACAGCAUGCUCUUGACGACUUGAACGAUUUCUCCGCCCACCACCUUCGCCUACGUCUGAUGAAAACAAAAGAAAGUUCGAAUCAUGAGUCAGGGACGGUCAAUGAAGCAGUAGGCGAGCAUGCACUGGUACUACGUCUUACUCCGCGUGAUAACAUCACUUCAAUCUCCGCCGAUCUACAGCCAUACUCUGAGCGACUGGAUGUGUUUUAUCCAUCUGGCCAGGUGCAGCCACAAACCACCUCGCAUUCGCCCCUUACAACAUUUAUAGCAAAGGAGCUGCGUAGUCUAUUUAAUGAGGAAAAAGCAGCAUUGGAGUAUAUUCUAUCGCAGAGCAACAGCGGAACCUCGUCUUCGAAGCAUUCAAUUUCAGGGAGUCCUGCAGCACAGGGGCCUCAAAGCCUAGGGGCCCUCAAUAAGGAGCAAAGAGCGAAUAAUAUUAGCCCCAUGAUGCAACCACAACUUCUUGAAUCCAUUGCUAGCCGUGCAAAGAAGUCGUUCAAAUACGCAGAAACAUACCAUCUAAGCUUCUCUCUCUUUACACCUGGUCCUGUGCCGUCGUCCUGGGAAAUUGAAUCCGCCUUGAAAGAACAUCUAUCCCCUCUCCUUGCCGCAUUUUCUCCCAUUAGCAGUUUUUCCAUUGAUACCCAGGUGCAAGUCUAUGCUACCUUCUCGCCAACCGCAACACCACCCGAAUAUGAUGAAAGCAAAUCUGCAUGGACCCUUAAGAAAGAAGACUUGAGCGGAUUUAUCAAUGCAGCCGAAUGGCCCCUCAGCCCGAGCAUUGGCGGUGGACCAACCAUAAAUUUCAUUCUCUACGUGCCCUCGCCGACUCAGUCGCCGCUGGUCGUCCAAGAGAAUUCGGCUACAAGCUGGCUUAUUCCUCAAUGGGGAGGGGUGACCAUUCUAAACCCGCCCCUAUCCACGGACCCAGAGCCGCAGAACCCACAUCAUCUUUCCCGCGAGGCUCUAAAGCCUGUCAUGGAUACAUUUUCACACCAACUCCUUACACUUCUCGGCACUCCUAACUCACCACCAUCUCUACCACUGCGGCUGCAAAGCCUGAUCCGAAUCCAUACCGCGUCCCUUCUUCUAUCCGCAUCAUCUACAAUGGGUUCUCUUGCACGCCUUACUCUCUCGCUUCCUUCCAUACCCAUCCCUAUCACAGUCGCAAAUUCGGUUUCUCAUACGUUGUCCCAUCUUUCUUCAACUUGCGAAAUGCUACACCAGGGAGCCUUUAGGUCUGCCCUUGCUAGUGCUAGAGUUGCCGAGAAAGAAGCUGAACGCAGCUUUUUUGAGAAAAGUAUGGUUGGCCAGGUUUAUUUCCCAGAUGAACAUAAGGUAGCCGUGUAUCUUCCGCUUUUAGGACCAAUUGGAGUUCCAUUAGUACUGGGUUUGAUCAAGGAGCUAAAAAGGAUGCUAUUUGGGUUGCGGUCGAGGUCAUGA